AACCGCGGGCGAGGGCGGCAGCCUCCUGCGGUCCGUGGUGCGGGAGCUUUUAUGGGACCGGAGGGCCUAGGCCGGAGCCGCCCAGCCAGGCGUUUGGCCACGAACUAGUAUUGAGCCUCGUGCUGUGACAUGGUCUCAGUUCAGACCAGGAAAGGACAGCGGCCUCCUGCGUGCAAGGCCAGGACUUGGUGCUCACAAAGCCAGCACACACCAGGCGCCUGUUUUAUGCACCGUCUCGGGAUGCAGAGUUUUACAAACGAAGACCAAGAAAGGAUGGGUGCCGGAGUUGUGCUUGGCUGGGACGUGGUGUCCCAGGCCCACACCAGCAGCACUGGGCACCCACUGGUGGUCCCGUGCUCUGCAAGAUCCGAACAUGGGCGUGGGCCUCGGGCACAGGGAACUGUGGGCUUUGGAGACAGCAACGCUGGGAGCCUCAGCGACUUCAGGGUCACGUCAUAGGGUUGAUGUUGGGGGGCGGAGGGGGGGCGACGCAGACCCACAAGUGUUCUUGGAGGGUGUGAUAGGAUGAGUACACACAUAAUUAGGGUGCAGACUGAAGGAAGGCCGGACUAAUGGUAUGUGGCUGAGGCUUUGAGUGCUGCAACUCCCCCGGAGAUCUCAGCCAUGUGCCUUCACUUCUUGGAGGAUUGGAGUUCUCACCAUGAUAUAGGGUGUAACCCUUCCCAUCUACUCAUUGAACCAGACAGCCCCUGUCCCAUAGUCCAGUGGAGAACAGAUAGAAAUGAUACAAGGAGCAAUUAUAGGAUUACCGUACAAAAAAGACAAACAGUAAAGGAAAGUAACCUCAGCUGGCAUCGCUGCUAUGAUGGUGAUGGAUGUGGAGGGCCAGGGAAUGGACAAUCAGACCGUCCUGGCUGUCCAGUCGUUGUUGGAUGGUCAAGGAGCAGUCCCUGAUCCAACAGGCCAGAGUGUCACUGCACCCUCUACUAUCCAGCCACUAGAUGAUGAGGAUGUCUUUCUCUGCGGGAAGUGUAAGAAGCAGUUCAACUCACUGUCGGCGUUUAUGACCCACAAGCGCGAACAGUGCCAGGGGAAUACCCUGCCCCUGGCCACAGUCUCACUGGCCACCAACAGCAUCUACACGCCUUCGGCAGCACCCACAGCAGUCCAGCAGGCCCCACCUCCUACGAAUCGCCAGAUCUCCACAUACAUCACAGUGCCCCCGUCCCCACUGAUCCAGACCUUGGUGCAGGGGAACAUCUUGGUGAGCGAUGAUGUGCUCAUGUCUGCCAUGUCAGCUUUCACAUCCCUGGACCAACCCAUGCCCCAGGGCCCCCCACCUGUGCAGAGCAGCCUGAACAUGCAUUCUGCGCCCAGCUACCUCACCCAGCCUCCACCACCUCCUCAACCCCCUCCACCACUGCCCCCACCUCCACCCCCUCAGCCCCCACCCCCACCACCUCAGAGCCUGGGUCCCCCCGGGCGUUCCAACCCCGGCGGGAAUGGCGUGGUGGAGGUGUACAGUGCCACGGCACCCCUGGCUGGAAGUGGAACAGUGGAGAUCCAGGCAUUGGGAAUGCAGGCCUACCCACCCUUGGAGGUGCCAAACCAGUGUGUGGAGGCUCCAGUAUACCCCACCCCCCCAGUGUACAGCCCCGGCAAACAGGGAUUCAAACCAAAAGGACCCAACCCCACUGCCCCCAUGACCAGCACCACUGGGGGCACCGUGGCCACCUUUGACUCCCCACCAACGCUGAAGACCCGACGGGCCAAAGGUGCCAGUGGACUCCCAGAAGCUGCAGGGAAGCCAAAGGCUCAGAAACUCAAGUGCUCAUACUGUGACAAGUCAUUCACCAAAAACUUCGACCUGCAGCAGCACAUCCGAAGCCACACUGGUGAGAAACCCUUCCAGUGCAUUGCGUGUGGCCGUGCCUUUGCCCAGAAGUCUAAUGUCAAGAAGCACAUGCAGACUCACAAGGUGUGGCCUCCAGGGCGCAGUGGUGGCACCAUCUCUCGCAACUCUGUGACCGUGCAGGUCAUGGCCCUGAACCCCAGCAGGCAGGAGGAUGAGGAAAGCACAGGGUUGGGCCAGACACUGUCGAGUGCCCCACAGCCCCAGGCCUUGCCCACAGCAGGUGAGGAUGAAGGGGAGAAGCUGGAGGGCAAGCAGGUGGUCCUCAUCGAUAGCUCCUACCUAUGUCAGUUCUGCCCCAGCAAGUUCAGCACUUACUUCCAGCUCAAGUCCCACAUGACCCAGCAUAAGAAUGAGCAGGUGUACAAGUGUGUGGUCAAAAGCUGCGCCCAGACGUUUCCGAAGCUCGACACUUUCCUGGAGCACAUCAAGAGCCACCAGGAGGAGUUGAGCUACCGCUGCCACCUCUGCAGCAAGGACUUUCCCUCACUGUAUGACCUGGGCGUGCACCAGUACUCCCACAGCCUCCUGCCGCAGCACAGCCCCAAGAAGGACAGCACGGUCUACAAAUGUGUCAAAUGUGUCAAAAAAUACUCUACCCCCGAGGGCCUGGAGGACCACCUACAGACCGCCACCCACAAUUUUCCCUGCCCAACUUGCCAAAAGGUGUUUCCUUGUGAACGCUACCUGCGGCGUCACCUGCCCACACAUGGCAGCGGGGGCAGGUUCAAGUGCCAGGUGUGUAAGAAGUUCUUCCGGCGGGAGCACUACCUCAAACUGCAUGCUCACAUCCACUCAGGUGAGAAGCCCUACAAAUGCUCAGUGUGUGAGUCCGCAUUCAACCGCAAAGACAAACUGAAGAGACACAUGUUGAUCCAUGAGCCAUUCAAGAAAUACAAAUGCCCCUUCUCGACACACACAGGCUGCAGUAAGGAGUUCAACCGGCCAGAUAAGCUGAAGGCUCAUAUCCUCUCCCACUCUGGCAUGAAGCUCCACAAGUGUGCCCUGUGCAGCAAGUCCUUCAGCCGCCGCGCCCAUCUCGCUGAGCACCAGCGCGCCCACACAGGCAACUACAAGUUCCGCUGUGCUGGCUGUGCCAAGGGCUUUUCCCGCCACAAAUACCUCAAGGAUCACCGUUGCCGCCUCGGACCCCAAAAGGAUAAGGACCUGCAAGCCCGGCGGCCCCCCCGGAGGAGGGCAGCCCCCCGCAGUGGCAGCAGUGGUGGACACAAGGUGGUGACCCCCCUGCCUGACCCACUGGGGCUGGAGGAGUUGAAGGACCCAGGGACUGGGCAGGUGCCCGAGGCUGCCCCAGGCAAGCCACCCUUCUCAGAGCCGGAUGCCGUGCUGUCCAUCGUAGUAGGUGGCACGGUGGGCAGUGAACCUGAGCUGGUAGUGCCUGGGCAUGCCGAGGGCCUGGGCCCCAACCUGGCACUGGCAGAGCUACAGGCAGGGGCUGAUGGCCCGUGUGCCAUGCUUGCUGUGCCUGUCUACAUCCAGGCCUCUGAGUGAUGGACCCAUGGUGUUUGCUCCCAUAGCCCAGCCUGAUGCUCACCUUUGGGUCCACAGCCUCUGGAGACAGAUAAGAUCCUUCCCAGUGGAAGCGAGCUGUCAGCAGAGAUGGCCCGUGACUGCCCUGCUGUGUCUCCCUAUCCUUCUGGAAAGCCCUGUAGCAUUCUGGAACCUGGGGCAGGGCUGCUUAUGGCUUCCAGGCAGGAGUGAUAGCAAGAGAGAUGGCUGAAUCUGAGUGGCCCAGGGUUUGGCUGGUGCAGGCUUGUAGUUGGGGUGCCUAAACAGAAAAGACAGGGUGGCCCUGCCCACCCGGCUCUGGGCUGCCUUGGGGCUGGCCUGCAGUCAGGUUGCUCUUUGAGCAGCCUGACAUGGUCAGAGCCCUUAUCUGCUAUACCUUUUUACAUAUGGUUCCUCACAGCAUCUUCAGAUGACUCUGAUGUAGGCACUGAGGAGGCACUUGAGUGCUGUGGUUAGAGUGCAGCUAUCAGCCAGAUCUGGCUUCAAAUUCAAGUGCGGCUACUCACUGCUGUGUGACCUUGGGUAAGUCACUUCACCUCUCUGAGCCCUGUGUUCCUCAUCUGUACAAUGAGGGUAAUGACAACACUACCUCGUAGGGCUGUCAUGGGGGUCUGGUAUGAUGAAAUAUGCAAAGGGUUCACAUAGUGCCCGGCACUUGGAAAGUGCUCAAUAAAUGUUUCUAUCAA